AAAUAACAAAAUGUUGUUUGGUGAGCAAGAACAUUUCAUCAGCUCCCCUAUAAAAGGAUAGCGAACCAUUCAUCGCCCCCUCAAAGAAUUCCAGGUGGACGGAGGAGCUAGAAAGUAGAAAUGGCGUCCAAGGUUCCCGUGAUAGUUUUCUCAGAGUGAAGUAUGGAACCCGGGACCAAGUCGUGGGUGAGAGUCAGUGAUGAGAUUGUGCAGGCCCUUGAACAUCACGGGUGCUUCGUCGCCGAGCACGAGGGUUUCCCUCGGGAGCUUCGCGACGCAAUCUUCGGCGUCGCGAAGGAGCUCUUCGAUCUCCCCCACGAGACCAAGGUUCGAAACCCCAACAGUGCGCACUCGAAUGGUUACAUAGCCAAAGUUCCCAGGACUGCUUUGCUUGAAGGUCUGAACAUUGAUGGUGCUGAGAAACUCGACGCUUGUGAGAACUUCAUGACUCUCAUGUGGCCCUCUAGGAAUGCUCGCUUCUGCAAAACUGCUCAUUCCUACGCUAGGGCGAUGGCUGAAUUGGAGAAAGUGGUGACGAGGAUGGUGUUCGAAGGCUACGGCGCGGGGGAAUACUGCGACACCCACGCCGAGUCCACCACAUACUUCCUGCGUUUCUUGAAGUACAAGAAACCCGGCGAGAACGAGGGCGACACAUUUCCGCCCGCCCACACGGACAAGACCUUCCUGUCCAUACUGUAUCAGAACAAUGUGAGGGGCUUGGAGUGUUGGGAAUCGAGCACCGAUUCUAGAAAAAUAACCCAAACAAACGAUCCUCACUAG